CAGCGGCGCCAGGCCCAGUAGUCUAGCUGCCGGUACACAGUCUUUGCUGAGGGCGGCAUUGAGGGCGGCAUGGCGGUACCCACGUCGAUUCUCGGGCCCCCGCCGCCCCCGCAAACCGGUCCCGGUUCGAUGGUGGCCUGGUGCUCUAUGAGCAGUGGCCCGUCUCGCUACGUGCUUGGGAUGCAGGAACUGUUCCGAGGCCACAGCAAGACGCGCGAGUUCCCGGCGCACAGUGCCAAGGUGCAUUCGGUGGCCUGGAGCUGCGACGGUCGUCGCUUGGCCUCGGGGUCCUUCGACAAGACUGCCAGCGUGUUCUUGCUGGAGAAGGACCGACUGGUCAAAGAAAACAACUACCGGGGACAUGGAGAUAGCGUGGACCAGCUUUGCUGGCAUCCAAGCAACCCUGACCUCUUUGUCACGGCGUCUGGAGAUAAAACCAUUCGCAUCUGGGAUGUGAGGACUACCAAAUGCAUUGCCACCGUGAAUACCAAAGGGGAGAACAUUAAUAUCUGCUGGAGUCCCGAUGGGCAGACCAUUGCUGUGGGCAACAAGGAUGACGUUGUGACCUUUAUUGAUGCCAAGACGCACCGUUCCAAAGCAGAAGAGCAGUUCAAGUUUGAGGUCAACGAAAUCUCCUGGAAUAACGAUAAUAACAUGUUCUUCCUGACCAAUGGCAAUGGCUGUAUCAACAUUCUCAGCUACCCUGAACUAAAGCCUGUGCAGUCCAUCAAUGCCCAUCCUUCUAACUGUAUCUGUAUCAAGUUUGACCCUAUGGGGAAAUACUUCGCCACAGGAAGUGCAGACGCCUUGGUCAGCCUCUGGGAUGUCGAUGAGUUAGUGUGCGUGCGGUGCUUCUCCAGGCUGGAUUGGCCGGUAAGGACCCUGAGUUUUAGCCACGAUGGGAAGAUGCUGGCGUCGGCCUCAGAGGACCAUUUCAUUGACAUAGCUGAAGUGGAGACAGGGGACAAGCUGUGGGAGGUGCAGUGUGAGUCCCCGACUUUCACCGUGGCUUGGCACCCCAAGAGGCCUCUGCUGGCCUUUGCCUGCGAUGACAAAGAUGGCAAAUAUGACAGCAGUCGGGAAGCUGGCACUGUGAAGCUGUUUGGGCUCCCGAAUGACUCCUGAGAGCGGCGGAGACCUUCUUUUGUGCAGUCUGCUGUUCUCUGGACUUUGUGGGCACUCUGAGUGUUUAUAAAUUGUCGUAGAUUACAACGCUGUGGUUGGACUGCAUCCCUAAUCCUCUCUGUGGUUCUGGACUAGAACUGACCUUACAAGGCUAAGCAAGUGCUAACCACUUAGCUACAUUCUCCACCCUGUCCAGCCUCUUUUCCUGGUUUUUGUUUUUGGUGUUUUGUGUUAGCUGUUUCCAUCCCUCCCCAAUUGCCAGUAAGCUAAUGAGGGCUAUACAAGUGUGGGUCCUGAUCCAUUUUAGGGUUCUCUAUGGGAACAGAACUGAUUGUGUGUGUGUGUGUGUGUGUGUGUGUGUGUGUGUGUGUGUCUGUCUGUCUGUCUGUCUGUCUGUCUGUCUAUUCUGGUGCUAGAGUCCAGAGGGAUCCCUAGAGAGCUUCUGAUCUUCAGCCUACACUGGAGUCCUGAGGAAGUAGGUUCUAAUACCAGCAAAGAAAUGUCUCAGCAACAGGAUAGAUGAACUUGGCAACGAGAGUGAGAACAAGCAGGCAAAAAGCAAAAUCUUCCUUUCUCCAUGUCUUUUUUUAGGGUGUCGGGUGCCAACAGAAUGUGUGGCCUGGAUUUAGGGUAGGUCUUCCGACCUCAAAUGAUCAAGAGAAAUCUCUGCGAUGUGCCCUGCUGGGUGGGUUCAGUGAUUUCCAGGUGCAGUCGAGCUGAUACCCAAGGUUAGCCAUCACGUGACCAGCACACGUCCCCUGUGGGAGCCCUGUUCCGGGUUUGAGAUCGAUGGCAGAGUUUGCUGAGCACAACUUAGGCAGUGCUUAGGCAGUGCUUAUUUAGAGAGAAGGCAGGACAGGGAUGGGAUUUUUAAAAAUAAUUUAAAGAAUUGAGCAUUUAAUAAAACUUUUUAUUAUAAUGCUUCUAAAGUUAUGAUGUUACUAUUUUUAUUCCAGUCAG